UAAAAGGCUGCGGGCUUCCAACGUUCGAAAACUACAACGCUAGCCAUCUAAAAUUGGAGGGCAAAAGUGAGAGAUAUUAAUUUCCCCUUUUCUUUUUCGAAUGGAUCCUUCAUACUAUCUUCCAUUGCAAAGCUAUGAAAUCUCGCCCGGAUCCUCGGCAGGCCCACCGGACCCUUUCUCAUGGUAUCAGCUCGAGGAAUCGCUUCCUUUCAAUGUGAACGACUCGGAGGAGAUGUUCUUGUUCGACGUGCUAACGGAGGCCACCACGAUGGAGCCGGAGACUCCCAGUUUGAUACGAGCCAAGGGCGAUGAGACCGAGUCGAAGAGCGGCGACGAGCAGAGGUCGAAGGAGAAGUCCUACAGGGGGGUGAGGAGGCGGCCGUGGGGCAAAUUCGCGGCGGAGAUAAGGGACUCGACGCGGCGGGGGAUACGAGUGUGGUUGGGGACGUUCGACAGCGCCGAGGCCGCGGCCUUGGCCUACGACCAAGCGGCACUCUCGAUGCGGGGUUCCAUGGCCGUGCUCAAUUUCCCGGUGGAACGGGUGCAGGAGUCGCUCCGGGGGCUCAAGUGGGGGAAGGAGGGGGGUUCCCCUGCGGUGGCUCUGAAGCAGAAGCAUUCCAUGAGGAGGAGGUCCGUGAGCCAAAAAGAGUCAGGUGACGCAGUCUAGUUUAGAUAUGACGUCUUAGAAUUGGAAUAGUCGCAGGGUAGAGCUUCUGGAGGAGCUUCUAAAACUAUCGGAAUUGGAAUUGUCUCUCCCUUUGUUCUGUUCUUACCGUUGAUCGUUGUUAGGAAGUAGCACUGCAAAUUUUGGCAACCACUUGUUUUUUAUGUGAAUUUUUUUAUCUUUUUUCAAUUUGUAAAAAGAGUUGCAUUAUUGCGUGCGGCUGAGAUAUAAUGUUUGUUUAGAUCCAUUGAGUAGGGAUGACAAUGGAUAGGAUUUGGAUCGAGUAUUGUACGAUCUAUUUUUAAAUUCGAAUUUAAUACUCUAUAUUCAAAUCCUAUCCAA